ACUCGGCUCUCCUCUCCCCGCCCUGUGCUGGGCGGAGCCACCUGCCAAAGCGGCAAGACUUCACACACACCCCAGCCUCUGUGCAGGGGUCCAGAGCUGAGGCCCAAAGGGGCCCUGGAGGGGCCCAAUGAAGACACUACUGACCAUCCUGACUGUGGGAUCCCUGGCCGCUCACACCACUGAAGACCCAACUCGUCUCCUUCAACACGUGAAAUUCCAGUCCAGCAACUUUGAAAACAUCUUGACAUGGGAUAGUGGGCCAGCUAGCACCCCCGACACAGUCUACAGUGUGGAAUAUAAGAAGUACGGAGAGAGAAAGUGGCUGGCCAAGGCGGGCUGCCAGCGGAUCACCCAGAAGUUCUGCAACCUGACUAUGGAGACCCGCAACCACACUGAAUUUUACUACGCCAAGGUCACGGCGGUUAGCUCGGGAGGCCCACCAGUCACAAAGAUGACCGAUCGCUUCAGCUCGCUGCAGCACACUACCAUCAAACCACCUGAUGUGACCUGUAUCCCCAAAGUGAGGUCCAUUCAGAUGCUGGUCCACCCCACACUCACACCCGUCCUCUCCGAAGAUGGUCACCAGCUAACCCUGGAGGAGAUUUUCCAUGACCUGUUCUACCGCCUAGAGCUCCACGUCAACCACACCUACCAGAUGCACCUUGAAGGCAAACAGAGAGAAUACGAGUUCCUUGGCCUGACUCCAGACACGGAGUUCCUUGGCUCUAUCACAAUUUUGACUCCGAUAUUGUCCAAGGAGAGUGCCCCCUACGUGUGCCGAGUGAAGACGCUGCCUGAUCGAACAUGGGCCUACUCCUUCUCGGGUGCAGUGCUAUUCUCCAUGGGUUUCCUCGUCGGCUUGCUCUGUUAUCUGAGCUACAAAUACAUCACCAAGCCCCCUGUACCUCCCAACUCUCUGAACGUCCAGCACGUCCUGACCUUUCAGCCUCUGCGCUUCAUCCAGGAACAUGUGCUGAUCCCUGUCUUGGACCUCAGUGGCCCCAGCAGUCUGGCUCAGCCCAUCCAGUACUCCCAGGUGUUGGUGUCUGGGCCCAGGGAGCCACCUGGAGCUGUGCGUCGGCAGAGCCUGUCUGACCUCACCUACGUAGGGCAGUCAGAGGUCUCCAUCCUCCAGCCUACCAACGUGCCAGCUCAGCAGACACUGUCCCUACCAUCCUAUGCUCAGAAGGCAGUCCCUGAGGUCCAGCCCCCUUCCUACGCGCCUCAGUUAGCCUCGGAUGCCAAAGCUCUGCUCUACUCCCCACAACAGGGGAUGAAGACCGGGCCCACCGCCUAUGACCCGCAAGACAUUCUGGACAGCUGGCCUGCUUCCUAUGCUGUGUGUGUGGAAGACUCUGGCAAGGACUCCACCCCGGGGAUCCUCCCCAGUCCCAAACACCUCAAGCCGAAAGGUCAGCUCCAGGGAGACACACUUGUUAGAAGCUGUCUCCCGGGGGACCUUUCUCUGCAGGAAGUCACCUCCUUGGGUGAAGGGGAGGCGCAGAGACCAAAGUCAUUCCCCUCACCUCUGGGGUUUUGCACAGACAGAGGACCUGACCUUCCCAUACUGCACAGGGAGGAACUAGAGACAGAGACACCACGGUACCUGAAGGGGGCGCUGUCCCUCCUGUCCUCUGUACAGAUCGAGGGCCACCCUGUCUCCCUCCCAUUGCACAUCCAUUCUGUCUCAUGUUCCCCCUCAGAUGAGGGACCAAGUCCCUGGGGCCUGCUGGACUCCCUUGUGUGUCCAAAGGAUGAGGGCCCGGCGGCUGAGACUGAGGCCAUGGAUCCAGUGGCCACGGAUGCCACGCGCCCCAGUGCUGCAGCCUCUGAGCUGGAGCAGUCUACAGAGCUGGACGCUCUCUUCAAAGGCUUGGCCCUGACUGUGCAAUGGGAAUCCUGAAGGGCGGUGAGAGCAAGCAGGCCUAGGCUUCCUUCUGCCCCACCCAGCUAACAACCCCACACCCACUAAGCCACAGGUUCUAAGGCCCAGCCCCGGGUGGGGAAGAUUUGGGACCUACGUGGGAAAACGAAUGUAUGGUGACGACUCCAGUGGAGAAGUGACAGGACGGCAGUGGGUGGAAAUGGCCUGUGCCACAGAGCCCAGCAGGCGGGACAGAAAGAGUGGGGUAAUGCAGGGACAUCUGGAGAGCCAUCCAGCUCCCUCAUCUAGUUUAACCAAGAGUGAGGCGUCCACCUUCUCUGAAGGAUCCUGGACUGGAAGCUGGGGGACCAAGCAUAACAGGCCCUUUGGCCAAGGGCAGAGAGGCCGCACAGCAGCAAGACUUGAGGGUAGAGUGUGGUAGAUAGAGGCUCACUCCUGGUCAGGGAACCCUUCUUUGCUCUGCUGUGGGAGGCUUCACCCAGGAGUGACUCCUUAAUCCAUCAGGAGGUGAGGGGUGUUGUGUAAAAGUUUUCUACAAGGCAGGGCUCUAGAGAAAAGCAUUUGAAAGGAACAUAGCGCCUUGGAACCCAAAGGCUUUGAAAUCUUAGCCUGUCUAGGGUCACAUUCCAGCCUCUCCACCUAUCAUCUACAGGACACCAAGCAGGUGAAUGAGCUCAGACCUCAGCUUCCCCAUCAGUGAAAUGGGCAUCAUCACACUUGCCUUCUGAGGUGGUGUCAAGGAUGGUAUUAAUGUCUGGGAAAUGCUUUGUGGCACCCAGCACAUGGGCAGGGUCUUGGCCGCUGUUUCCUGCUGGGAUUUAAAAAAAAAAAUCUGGAAACGUGCAGAGUGCCUCCUUCUGUUCAUAAAUGGUUCGUGGGCGUUUCCUCGUGGAUUAGAGACUGGUGCAGGCAAGAACUAGACUAUCUAGGGCAGACAAGAGGAGUCUCUACAGAGCCUUCUGGAAACAGGCCCAGAGAAGCAACGAGUGGCACAGAGUCUUCUCCUUGAGGUUGCAGGUAGAAACUGUUUGGGCAGAGGCCAUCUCACGGGGCCUUCUUUGUGUGGAGCAAGCCCCAGGCCUCUGUCUGCCCCACCUUGAGAUACAACAUCGUCACUGCACCGCCCUGGCCCUCUGGCUGGUGCCUGCACACAGCAAGAAGUCUUUACGCUCUGCUGUCAGGAAGCUCUACCUGUCACAUCACUCUCAGAUGGGCUUGACCAGGAAGAAGGCAAGGCCCAGGCCAACACACGGCUGUGCAGUCUACACUCAAACACAGGGCCUUUUGUGCCAAGGGUGGGUGCUACCCGCCCUGUUUGAAUUCUUGGGGGCUGAGUUUGGCAGAACGCAAAGUAGGGGGGCCCCAAAGGGUUCCUGAGAGAUAGGUGCCCUCCCCAUCACCUUCUUGCCCCAGAUUUCUGAGCCGCCGCAACACCAGAUUUCAUUUGCAUCAUGGCGGCCCUCCGGAGGUACACUGUGUCCUUCUACCGUGAUCACCUGUGUUUCCCCUUCUUUUCCCCACUGGAUCCCCUUAAUGACACUUGGUGACAGGUGGGUCUCUCUUAUCUAUGUGUCAUUAAUAUUUAACCUCCAUCCAAGGUUUGACUCAAAAUCUAAGGCCAAAGGUUAACAGUCUUUACUUUGUUUACAACUGAAUUGUUGGCCUGUUCUCACCGGGUCAGGACAACCAGGGUUACAGAGAGCUUUUAUGGAAGGCCAUAAACUGGCUGUCAGCUCCCAGGGCUAUAUGUGUGGCAACCAUAACAAAAAUGAGGGAGAAGCUGGAGUGUCUAAGGAGGAGCCCUAUGGCCUCCUUCUGAGAGCCUCUCUCAAAGAGAUCACCACACACACUCCUCCCCCGGCAUCCCAGGCCCAUAGCUGGGCUGGAUCCUCCCUGCUACAAGACAGGCUGUCAAAGUCCCACCAGGGCUGGAUAGUAAGCUUGGCUUUUUUAAGAGCCCCACAUUCUGACCCAGUAGCCUGGAACGCCACCAACCCUGCCCGCCGUGUCCUGUCCCACCCAGGAGUCUCCAAGUCACCUGCCUAACAAGGAAAGGCCGAGCCAGGGGUAAAAGAACAGUGACGUCAGCAUCCCCCCAACCUCAUCCUCCAGAGAACCUUCCAAGACCCUGGAUCCCCGUCCACCCGGAACUCAUGAGCCGUGCACAGACAAAGAGCUGUGACUGCAGCCCAGCACAAAUGGUAGACAAACCUAAAGCUAAGACAGCAUGGUUUGGAUUUUUGGUUUGGUUUGUUUUGAUGAUGCAGUUGUCUGGUUUUCUAAGUGUGAAGUUGACAGUGUCAUGUCCAGACGAUGUUUGAAGCCACAGACACUGCCAAUCCUGCAGACGCUCGGCUCUGGGAUAAAGUUUAAUCUGUAAACCAGGCGGGAAGGGACAAACAGGCACCUAAUAGAACGGCAACUGUAGGAAGUGCAAUAAAGGUUACUUGAACACAAA